GAUCAGCGGUCAGCAACGCCAGCGAGCAUCUCUCAGAAGAACCGAAGUCAUGUUGAAGUCUGUGAGUCGCGCGGUUCAGCUCGCGGCGCGUCUGUCCAGCAGGAGCUCCGCGUCCACGCGCGCGAUCAGUCCCGCGCCGCGUCUCAGCAGAACCUUCAGCCGGUCCAUCUGGAGCCUGAGCGGCAGCAGCGGCGCGUCGUCGGGGUCCAGGCCGAGGCUCCUCACUGCGACGCGGGCGCUGCCCACACUGUCCUGCGGCUGCGGGAGUCUGCACACCGAGGGCGAUAAAGCGUUUGCAGAGUUUCUCUCUGAUGAAAUCAAAGAAGAGAAGAAGAUCCAGAAGAGCGCGAGUCUUCCUAAAAUGUCCGGCGGGUGGGAGCUGGAACUGAACGGCACAGAAGCGAAGCUCAUCCGCUCGCUGGCCGGAGAAAAAGUCACCAUCACGUUCAAUGUGAACAACAGCAUCCCGCCACAGCUGGAGGAGGAGCCCGAGCAAACGCAGAAGGGUCAGGAGGAAGAGCCUGACAUCGUCUCGACGCCCAAUUUUGUGGUUGAGGUGACCAAACAGGGUGCAAAGAACUCACUAGUGUUUGACUGUCAUUUCCCCGAGGACGAGACCAGUCAUGGUGAGGGCGAGGAGGAGAGCGACAUCUUCUCCAUCCGAGAGGUCAGUUUCCAGCCCGAGGGCGACACGGACUGGAAGGAAACCAGUUACACGCUCAACACAGACUCUCUGGACUGGGCCCUGUAUGAUCAUCUGAUGGACUUCCUAGCGGACCGUGGCGUGGACAACACGUUUGCGGACGAGCUGAUGGAGAUGAGCACGGCGCUCGAGCAUCAGGAGUACAUCAAGUUCCUGGACGAUCUCAGCGCUUUCGUCAAAUGCAAAUAAUCUGUGAUACUUCUGAUGACAGAUGAAGAUGAAGGCAGAACAGUUUUGUAUUUAAUUUUAUAUCAUUUUUUCAAGUUAUGUGCACACCGGUUCAAAUGUCAGAUGGCUUUACAGGUCGAGAAUGUGAACUAAACAUCUGUGAGAAAUAAAACUGAGAGGAAAUAUUGA